UGCCCCCUUUUUCAUGAGGAUUUCUCUGCCGCCAUCGUUACUUUACGAGUAAUCACGAUUACUACAGCGGAUUACGCUACUUUUUAUUAUAUUCCCGAGGCGUCGCUGACCGCAGGGGAGCGCGUCCGCGAUGGAUGCGGAUCAGCACGAGAGCAGCGGCGAGACCAAGUCCGCCAUGCACACUUGGCGGUUUCGCCACCAUUUCACGUACAAGGCAGAUCAGGGAAAGAAUAUCAUCGUGCAGUGUAAUCUGUGUCUGCCGAGGGUCAACCUGCUGUCCACGUCGAAAACCUCCACGUCCAACCUCAAGAAGCAUUUAGACAGAACACACUUGGGCUGCGAAGCCUGUCCUGACGUCAAGAGGGGGAGGAAGAAAGAGGAACGCAACGGCGAGGAGAGCAGGCACUGCCAGCUCAAGAAGCUCAAGGCAGAGAUCAUCUCCAAGUACACCACCCAGGCAAAGGUGGACGACCUCAUCUACGACUUCAUCGUGGAGGACUGCCUGUCGUUUUAUGUGCUGGAGCAGCCGGGCUUCAUGAAGCUGAUCACAGGCUUGACUGAGGGGCUGAAGUCCAUGGACAGGGUGACCUUGUUUACAAAGGUGGACCAGAGCUUCUCCAGGAUGCGGGAGGAGCUCAUGUCCAGGCUCAGCAGCGUCCAGUACGUGUGCACCACGGCUGACCUCUGGACCGCCAACAACAGGAGCUUCUUCGGGAUGACCUGCCACUGGAUCGACAGCUUCUCUCUGGAGAGGAAGUCUGCCGCUCUGGGGUUCGCCCGGCUGCAGGGCAAGAUCACGUACGACACCAUCGCUGGGCGCAUACAUGACAUCCACGUGGCCUUCAACAUCGAGAGCAAGGUGCAGAUCACGGUCACGGACAACGGCAGCCCCUUCAUGAGCGUCUUCAAGGAGUUUGCAGCGGACAGCCAGGACAGCGACGAUGACAUUGGGUUCUAUGAGAACGUGAGCGCUGUGCUGGAGGGCGAGCCGGAGAAGGGCCUGCUCCUGCUCCUGCCCACGGUGCAGCGCUGCGCCUCACACACCCUGGAGCAGAUUGUGGCCGAGGACUUUUGGCAGGCGGUGUCCCAGGGGCCCAUGUGCCAGCUGCAUUACAGCACAAUGGCCAAGGUGUUUUCCAUAUUUAGCAAAUGUCACCAUCUCCAGGUGGGUAUGGACGCGGCGGAGGAGAUAGGAAAGAUGGCGCUCGUGGUCCCCUCUGUAAUACGCUGGAACGUGGAGUACUGUGCCGUGCAGAAGAUCGUCUCUCUCACCGAGCGCGAGCUGACGGAGCUGUGCGCCCGCCUGGAGGUGCCACGCAUGCAGCCGGAGGAGAUGGCCUUCCUGAAGGAAUACGUGACUGUUUUCCACCCGCUCGCUUUUGCACUGGAACUUUUCCAAGCCGAGCAGAAAUGCUACCUGGGUCUGGUCAUCCCGACCGUGCUCAGUCUGAAGAACAAGCUGAACGAGCAGAAAGACACCACCACCUACUUCGGAGACGUCAUCAACGCCAUCGCGAUGGGUAUCGACGUGCGGUUCCUGGAGCUGUUUGCCAGCACGGAGGCAAAGAUCGCAACAGCAACGACGCCGCAGUUCCGUUUGUGGUGGAUGGCUGCGUCCGAGCGGGAGGAGAUGUGCUCCGUGCUGGCCACAGAGGCGUCGCUGAUGGAUCCCUGCAGCGAGACCGAGGCGAGCCCCAGCCGGGACCCGUCCACCAUCAAGUCGGAGGACGACUUCUUCAGCUACGGCUCCGUGAAGCCUUACGCGCAGGUCCAGCAGCGGGGGGUGAUGGAUGAGAUCCGCAAGUACAUUGAAGGAACAGGGAAGAGCCUGGAGUGCCUGCAGGACUUCCCCCGAGUGAAGCAGCUCUUCCUCAAGUACAACACCACCCUGCCCUCCACGGCCCCCGUCCAGCGGCUCUUCAGUCAGAAGGGCAACCUGGUCACGUCUCAGAGGAACUUUCUGACCGACGACUACUUUGAGCGCAUUCAACUUUUGAGAUACAACAGCAACUUGCUCUCUUUGACCAUAGAGUGA